ACUUACAGCAUUGUCAUGAAAAAUGACGCAGUGUAUACCCUCCAUGUUGAAGCCUGGAUGAGGAUCCUAUACUUAUUGCUACUGGCCGCCUGCGCCCUCGCUGCUGAUAUCGUCGACCCCAAGGACUGUAAAGAGUUCCCAUGUCUCAUUUUCAACGAUGAAUUCGACUUCUUCGACCAUGACGUCUGGGAGCACGAAGUGACAAUGUCUGGCGGUUGGAACUCGCAGUUCGAAGUGUAUGUCAACAACCGCAGCGUUACCUACACCAGGGACUCCACUUUCUUCAUCAAACCUGCUUUGGUCUCUGAAUGGAAAGGUGAGGACUUCCUGACAAGUGGAUACCUGAAUCUUUGGGGUAUAAAUGGCCGGGGUGACGUCUGCACCGGGAACGGUUACAUGGGCUGCGAGAGGAAAGGCACUCCCGAAAACCUCAUCCCUCCAAUCUUGAGCGCCAAGCUCAGGACCAUGUCUGAAUUUGCAUUCAAGUACGGCCGAAUCGAAAUUCGCGCCAAGAUGCCCAGUGGAGACUGGCUCUGGCCAGCUAUAAUAAUGUUUCCUAAGAACUGGCCCUAUGGAGUCUGGCCUGCCAGUGGAGAGAUUACCCUCACCGAAGCCAGGGGCAACGACAAGUAUGGUGAAUACAGCAACCAAUACGCAGGAACCACAAUGCACUGGGGACCUUUCAGGUCAUUCAACAGAUACAACUUGACUGAGGAGGAAUACAAGGCCAGUAAAGGUACCUUCGCCGACAGCUUCCAUACCUGGAGAAUGGACUGGACGAAGGACAAGAUAGAAAUCCAUGUAGAUGACGUCCUCGUGAUGACAGUUGACCCCGGAACCAGCUUCUGGGAUUUCGGCGGCUUCGGUGACGACAUUGACAACAUCUGGAGUUCCGGGGAGAAAAUGGCACCUUUCGACCAAAAGUUCUACAUCAUCCUUGAUUUGGCCGUCGGAGGAGUCGGUGGGUUCUUCCCUGAUGACGUCCCUGGAGCGUCCAAGCCUUGGAACAACACCUCGCCCACUCCUAACAAAGAUUUCUGGAAUGGCCGUGCAGACUGGCUUCCCACCUGGCAGCAUGGAGAGUCCAGAAUCAGCGAAAAGGCCGCCCUCCAGGUCGACUACGUGAAGGUCUGGAAAAUGGAGAGCGUGGAACAGUAGUUCUAAACCUUCUUCAUUUCUAAAGCUUUCCCUUCAGUAGAGUAAAGUUAUACAAAUAAUUCUUAGUGGGAAAUGUUAGCAAACUGAUGAACAAAUGAUUGCUGUUAAUCAUUCUACAAUAUAUGGUUCUGAAAUCAAGCACUGGCAAGUUGCCUAUUUGUAAUAACCAAUAAGAUAUUGUUUUUAUUAUCUCACUGAUAAAAAUUAGAACUA